UCUUCUCUGUCGCUUCGACUCUGCGGGUGGCGAGUUUUCUCUGCAAUGGCGACCCAGAAGCUGACGGAGUACGAGCGCCGGAGGCUCGAGAACAUCCAGCGAAACGACCAGAUGAUGGCCGCCCUCCAGCUCCAUUCCAAGGCCUCCCUGCUCUCCGCUUCCUCCAAGCGCCAAAAGGUCGAGAACAAGGCCAAAGCCUGCGCGGUCAAGACGUACAGGGUGGCUAAAGACGAGGCCCCGGUCGUUAUUCGGCGCUCGCUCCGCGCCAGAGGGAUGCCGCCGGACUCCGAGGGUCUCGAGGGCGACUUCGGUGACGCGGCCCCUCGAGCCCCAGAGUCGAACCCCAAGUUCUCGCCGCCCCGGGAUUUGGGGUCUUUCUCUAUGGGCGACGCGUACGAAGGUCUGGGGUCCCGGGAUGGGCUCGUUCGGGCUAUGCGGCGUCUCUCGAAGAGACCCGAGAUGUGGGGUUCGGUCAAAGAGGGAAGUGGUGGAGUUGAGGGGUGCAAAGACGAGAUUUUGAGAGAUUCAGUCGCUGGUGUGAGUGCGCACUCGGUAGGUCUAGGUUGUGGAGACAUCAAGACUGAGGAUUCAUUAGGCGGCCGGCUCAAGAGAGAAGGCAUUAAGACCGAGGAUUCGUCAGAGUUCAUUAGUACACUGAAAAUGGAGGACUCGUCGGGUUAUGGAAUUAAGAGAGAAGGUCUCGUUGAUUCCUUAGAGUUCAUUAGUUCUUUGAUACUGGAGGAGGACAAUGUAGCUAGAGUUGUCCCUGGAAGGGUGAUGGUGGUGAAGUUCUUCCCCACCACCGAACUGAGAAUGGUGGCUGUUGGAAACAAGUACGGAAAUGUCGGGUUUUGGAAUAUGGAUCCCGAGAAAGAGGAGGGAGAUGGCAUAUACUUGUACCACCCGCAUUCUGGUCCAAUUGGAGGGAUCUCAAUCCAACCAUUCAACAUUGCAAAGAUUUUUACCUGCUGCUAUGAUGGAUUUGUCCGCAUGAUGGAUGUUGAGAAAGAGAUAUUUGAUUUGGUACAUGCAAGUGAUGAUGCUAUCUUUUCUCUCUCUCAACGACCCAAUGAUGGAAGCUGCUUGUAUUUUGGUGAGGGUCGUGGAGGUUUAAAUAUCUGGGAUCUGAGGGUUGGAAAAUCCACUGCUUUGUGGGCUCUGCAUGAAGAUAGAAUCAACACCAUAGACUUUAAACCACAAGAUUGCUUUGUCUUUGCAACAAGUUCUUCAGAAGGAACUGCUUGUAUUUGGGAUUUAAGGAGAAUGGGUGCUAAAAAUCCGAAGAGUUUAAAGGUUAUUGAACAUGGAAGGGCCGUGCAUUCUGCUUAUUUUUCUCCUUCUGGUAGCUGCCUUGCAACGACAAGUUUUGACGACACUGUAUGUAUAGCGAGUGGGGACAAUUUUGAGAAGACUUCUCACGUGUUCCACAAUAACCAGACGGGUAGAUGGAUCUCCUCUUUCAGAGCAAUCUGGGGCUGGGAUGAUUCAUAUAUCUUCAUUGGCAAUACAAAGAGAGCAGUUGAUGUCAUCUCUCCAACACAAAGAAAAAUUGUCAAGAGUUUGCAGAGUCCAUGCAUGUCUGCAAUCCCCUGCAGGUUUGAUGCACAUCCGCUUGAGGUUGGGGUGCUAGCGGGAGCUACUGGCGGUGGUCAGGUUUAUACCUGGACAUCUCCAUAGGUAGCGAAUUCACUACAAUCCUCGUCAGUAGGUCCAGUUAAGCUCUAGUGCAUUACUUGUAAAAUGUCAGUUUUAGUGAUUCGGCCGUUGACUACUUUUGGUACUAGAAGGCUCUGACUGUCUGUCUCGCUCCGUCGGGGUGUUUUGAUUUUGCUCAAAUUUGCUCCGAGCCUUGCGAACUUGACUCUGCAUAACUCAAAUGAGAAAUGUAUUUCCAAGGAAAUCUCAGAAUGGUAUGUAGGGAAGCUUUUGGUUGUCCCAACGUACUAUAUGAAGUUUU